UCCUGACGAAGAGGAGUAGAGAUCUCACGAGGAUAAGAAAUGGCGCCGAUGAAUUUCCACUUACGCUCUCGUGCAAGGAGAAAGUAUCAUCAACCUGCAGGUUACAGUAAGAGUGCAAUGGAGGCGAUGCCACGAAAAAUGAAAUAUCUAAUGAGAAGGCUGAAAAUGUUAAAACGGUUGCUAAAAAGGUUAUAUCAGGACGAGAAGAUGUACGACAAGCAUGUGUACCAUGACAUGUUCAUGAAGGUGAAAGGUAAGCGUGUUCUUAUAGAAAGCAUGCACAAGUUUAGCAGGGAGAAAAGGUUUGCUAGUAGCUGUGAGAAGCGGUUGGCUCAGCAACCUGAAGGAGAGGAAGCUGCACCAGUACCAGCACCUUAACGAGCAGAGUAAGAAACACAUCUUAUUCCCAUCUUUGCAUGGUGCUUUGUUUAUUGAUUCUCUUGAGUAAAGAAGAUGAGCUCAACUAAAGAAGUUGGAAGAUCUCGAUAUCUUGUCGUUCCGGGGGGUUUCUUGGUAAUCAUUGUGAACCUGAAAGAAAGUGCCUCUUCUUCAUUCACCUUUUGGCUUCAGCAAAGACGUCUUGACUACUCGUUUGCUUCAUUUUCACCAAAGAAAGAACUAUCUAUCUAUCUUGUGAACACAAGAUUUUGUUCUGGAUCUGAAUUUACGCCUAAGCAGUUUUGUUAUGUUUUGUGUUUCGUUCCUGGAUUGUCAGACUAUAUUGCUCUAUCAGUUUCACCAGUUUCCUUCA